UCUCUCCCCUGCUCUCUCCUCUCAUCAGAUGAAGCUCUCACGUCUGCAAAACCUCUCACAUCAUCGCUGCAUCCUGCGUAGCUUUCCUUAUCCACCCUGCAGAUCGAUCGAUCUCUCCCUGUAGUUAAAUCUAGCUCGAUGCUGUCUUCUCACUGUGAGAGCAUGCUGGCGUACGCGGCGGCGGCCGGGCGGCGAGCGGUGGUGGUCGACCACCACCAACGGCGGUACAGGCCGAACGUGGAGGUUGCGCCCAACUGCCCGCGGUGCGAGUCGCCCAACACCAAGUUCUGCUACUACAACAACUACAGCCUCAGCCAGCCGCGCUACUUCUGCAAGGGGUGCCGCCGCUACUGGACCAAGGGCGGCUCGCUCCGGAACGUGCCCGUCGGCGGCGGGUGCCGCAAGAACCGGCGGGGCAAGGCGGUGCGCGCCAUGGUCGGGGAGACGAUGACGGCGCGCGGCGGCGGCGGCGGCGGCGCGGCGGCGUUCUCUCACCGGUUCCACGGGCCCGUCCGGCCCGACAUGAUCCUGGAAGGCAUGGCCGGCAGCACGGCCGCCUCCGCCGGCCUCGGCGAGCAGCCGGGUGUGGCGGCGCCGGACGAGAAGCCCGCCGCGGCGGACGGCUCCACGAUUGACCUGGCCUUGCUGUACGCCAAGUUCUUGAACCACCACCAGCCUACUAUGGCGGAGCAGGGCGGUGGCGCCGCCGUGCCGGAAUCGGUCGACACCUCGAGCGGGUCAUCGAGCGAUCGCACGACGAGCCCGGCCGCCGCGCAGCCUGCGGCGGCGGCGGCGUACGGCCCGGGGCAAGACGGGCUCGUCGGCGAGCCGAUCAGCACGGAGGAGCACGGUGCAGCAGCCAUGGCGCGGUGCGCGCAGGCGCUCGGGGAGCUCAACUUCAGCGUGGACCAGAUCAGCUGCUACACCUCGCUGGGGUUGCCAACGACGGACGGCGGAGAUCUGAUCCUGCCGUCGACGCUGGACCAGCAUGCCAAGUACGAGCCGUUCGAUUCGCUCCCCGAGGACGCGCUCAGCCUCCACGACAUCAUCUCCGGCGACGACGAUGUCUGGUGCAACGCGUUGGGUUGCCAAGGACUGGAAGCAGCUCUCUGCAGGCCAUGAUUUUUUUUAUUAUUAUUUUUCACUCCUCUCGAUCUCCUCGUUGAUUUGCUGCUGUUCUUGUUGCGAUCGAUCCUAUGCCAGAUAUUUUCAUCUUCUUUUGAUCUUUGUUCAGAAGUAUAAUUUAUAACCAUAUAGUUAUAUGUCUUCGGCAGAGUGAGACCAUUCAUCGAAGUAAUCAAACCAUGGAGGAGUAAGGGGUAUACAACUAUACUUGUGAGAUAGAUAAAAAGAUUAAUGUAAUAAAGUCUGAUGCCUUAUUGGUUACAUUGAAAAGCAGGUUUCCUUUUCGGAGCGAUCUGUUCAA